AGAAAAGAAACCUUUCUUUUCUGUAAUACACAUAUUUAGAUCUAGGGUUAUGGGCUAGCAUCCGGUGGAGGUGCUAAACGUGCUCGUGUGUGGAGAACUAUAUUGGUUUCCAUGUGCUUCCUCAGAAUCCUCGUUAAAUUUGUAAGGUACAAUUCUAAACCCUCUAUGUUGUGUUUAGACAUUUACUAAAUGCAUCAUUGGAUCCGAAUUGGGUUUUGAUUAGAAAAGUUUUAUGAUUUAAUUUGUAACAAAAAAUUUAAUUUCCGUUGCUUUUAUCGGUUACAAAAUCUUUUAAAACCUAACAUAUACCUUUAAUAGAAAGUACUGCUUGUAAUGCACAAAGUACAAAUAGAGGACAAGUUAAAUUUUACAGGAGAUGCUCAUUUUCAACCACCAGUUUUAUUUAGAAUCUAGUUUGAAAUGGUAAAAACUCAAAUCAAAGGUGGUGUUUUAUACCGACCAGCUUCCUCCUAUUUCUUCUCUUUCUCAUCGAUCAUCUGAUCCUCUCUCUCUCUUUCAUUCUUUUAUCUAUAUCUAUUUCGCCCCCUCCCUUGACCCCCAUGUCUUCUGGUUCAAUUCGUCUGGUUGAUUCUCUGUAGAGUUGUUUACAACAUAUUACGGGGUCAGCUGACCCCAUUCAUAUCCGGAGCAUACUGAUCCUUUGAAGAUGGGUACUAAGGUGAAGGGCUUUUUCAAAGGCCUGAAAAACAUCUCAAAUAUUUUCGAUGAAGAAAAAGAAGAACAAGAAAUACAGAUCGGUAUGCCCACGGACGUGAAGCAUGUUGCUCAUAUCGGUGGUGAUGGGCCAGCCGUUGAAUCUCCCAGCUGGAUGAAGGAGUUUGAUAGCGGACAUAAUCAGUCAGGACCAUUGGACGGGAGCUCACUAGACAGCCCCGAUACGAGAAAAGGUACAAGAAACCAUAGGGCUUCUCGAAGCGAAGAGUUAAACAGGGAACUUCCUGAUAUGCCAAAACCAUCUAAGCACCGUCACCGCUCAAUGGACGACUCUUUGGAUCCUGAUUCCCAAAUGAAAGACUCAUCAACCAAACCAAAGCGCACCAGGAGACAUCGCUUACGCCGACGGUCCCAGGAGAAAGGGGACGAGUCACCAGACACAAACUUGCCCGAUAUCCCCAAGAAGAAGACUCGACGAAAGAAAUCGAACGAAGACGGUGGCUCAACGAGAUCCAAGGAUAGCGAACCUUCCAACAAUGAACCGAAUCUUGACUGAAACAACCAAAACUCGGAUUAUUUUUCGACAACAAAACUCAACAAUUUGGUCAGGCAAAAAAGAGAGGGAAAAUGACCAAAAUGAAUUGGUGAAAUUUGGGGUGGAAAAUUAUGUGUCAUUCUCAAUUACCUUUCUUUUCCCAUCUAAAUAUGCACUUCCACUUUAUGUGUGUUCAUAUAAGAUUGAUUUCUUGGAUACUCAUUUCUUGUGUUCUUCAUGUAUUUUGGGGUCAAAUUUUGAUUGUUGUAACAUGAA